AUGGCAUCACCGGGUGACACAUUGAAAAAUAGUCUAUUUGGUCAACUUAAAUCAUACAGUAAUGCUGUUCAAGAUGCUUUUGAACAACGUAUUGCACGUCCAUUACUAGCAUUUAAACGUGAUUUAAGUCGUCCAACUUCUGAAACACGUGUUCCAAAUGAUCAUGAAUCAGUAUUAACAUCAAAUCAUACAUAUCAAGAAUCGUCAUCAUCAUCAUCACCACUUGAAAUAAUCGAUAUUGAUACAAGUAGUUCAUUUAGAUCUAUAUUUAAUAAAGUUAGAGAUACUUUAUCACCAUCAACAAAACGACGAGCAUCUGAAAAUUCAACAAAUAAUGUAAUAGAAAAUUCAUUAAAAGAAAAUGAAAAUUUAUCUUCAACUAUUUCAAUAAAUAAAAAAUCACAAAAACAUUAUUUAUGUCAAAAAAGUGUUUCAUUUGCUGAAAAUAUUGAUACUGAUUAUGAUAGUGAUAGUUAUAAUCAAUAUUCAAUUGAUGAUCGAAAUAAAAUUGUUCGAAAUGCUCAAACACUUGCUGAUAAAAUAUUAAUAGCAAGUAUUAAUGCAACAGCAGUAGCUAAAUUAGCAUCAACAAAUAAAUUAUCAAAUGAAAAUGAUGAUGCUUUUGAACAAGAUUUUCAUCAAACAAUAAAACCACGACGUAUUUCAAUAAAUAAUAAGGAAGAUUUAGUUUAUCAAGAUUUAUCAGCUGAAAUUGUUGCUUAUGUAUUAAAACAUGCUUUACGAACAUUAAAACAAGAACAAGAUCAAUCAACAGAAAAUCAAUUAAUUAUCAAUCAGAAUGAACAAGAUGAAGAGUUUAUUGAUUUAAAAUAG